AUGAGUCGCCCAAGAAGAAAUGCUGCAGUCGAGGCUAAUAAUAUUAUUUUUGGUUUAAAUGACUUAUCUUCAAGUGAUGACUCAGCUGAUGAAAACCUUACAGACGAUGAAGAAGAUAUUGUUACAGUUGACGAUGAAUCAGAUGCUAUCAUCUCUGAUCAAAGUGAUGAAGAACGUGUUCAGGAAAAUUACAUUUUAAAUCAAAACAUGAUUUCAAAGAAUGGUGAAGAAAUUUGGAGUACUCUUCCAUCUGAAAAUGCUGCUCAGCCACGUGCACACAAUAUUAUUCGACAACCAACUGGCCCAACAAGGUUUGCAGCUCAGGUUUGCGGCCAAAGUGUGGAUACUGCCUUUAAACUUUUUAUAACACCAGAAAUGAUUAGAAUCAUUGUCAAUUGCACUAAUGCUGAAGCUCAUAGAAUAAGACUAGAAGGAUGGGUUGACACGACAGUAAAUGAGCUUUAUGAGUUUAUUGGAGUUCUUCUUCUAGCUGGAGUGUUUCAUUGUAAAAAUCAAAGCAUAAAAGAGCUUUGGAGUAAAUUAGAUGGCAUAUCAAUAUUUUCUACUUCAAUGCAAAGAGAUCGAUUUGUUAACUUGCGACGAUGCAUUCGAUUUGAUGAGAGAGAAACAAGAAAUCAAAGACGGUUUGAAGACAAAUUUGCACCUUUAAGAAAUAUAAUGGAAAUGUUUACUACUAAAUGUAAGAGCAACUACAAUCCAAGUGCAUAUCUUACUGUUGAUGAGCAAUUAGUUACAUUUAGGGGACGUUGUCCGUUUAAGAUGUUUAUACCUACUAAACCAGGAAAGUAUGGAAUGAAGAUAUGGAUAUUAUGUGAUGCUGAAACUUCUUACUGCAUAAAUUUGCAACCGUAUAUUGGUAGAGUAAAUGGAGUACGUGAUGUUGGACAAGGUACACGAGUAGUUCUUGAACUAACUGAUCACUUAAAUGGAAGUGGUAGACACAUAACAGCUGAUAAUUUUUUUACAAACAUUCAUCUUGCACGUGCAUUGCUAGGACGUAAAAUGACAUACACUGGCACCAUUAAAAAAAAUAAAGGAGAAAUACCAAAAAAGUUAUUGCCAGCCUUACAUCGACCAGUUUAUUCUAGCAUUUUUGGUUUUCAAAAUGACUCUACUAUUGUUUCUUAUGUACCUAAGAAAAACAAAGCAGUAAUAUUAUUAUCAACCUUCCAUCACAGUAAUGACAUUGUUAUGGACCAUAAUGAAAAACCGUGUAUUAUUCUAGAUUACAACAAAUAUAAAGGUGGAGUUGACACAUUAGACCAGUUUGAUGCAAAUGACAAUCUUCCACAAAUAGUUGCAAAUAAUAAUCUUCGCCAAGUAGUUGUACAAAAUAACCUAUUAAAUCAAGGUCAACCAAAUCAAGAGCAGCACAUAAAAAGGUGCUAUAUGUGUCCUCGUGUUCAAGACAGAAAAACCCGUCUUCAAUGUGCAUCAUGUAGAGUUUCUGCUGUUACACCUGCUAAUGCUAAUGUAUUUCUGAAUGAUUCAGAUAGAUUUCAAUGCCCUUACGCCGUAAUGUACUAA